GUAGUAAGCGCUAAUAAUGUCUUUCAUCUUUGAGUGGAUCUACAAUGGCUUCAGCAGUGUGCUCCAGUUCCUAGGACUCUACAAGAAAUCUGGGAAACUUGUGUUCUUGGGUUUGGAUAAUGCAGGCAAAACCACUCUUCUACACAUGCUCAAAGAUGAUAGAUUGGGCCAACAUGUUCCAACAUUGCAUCCUACAUCAGAAGAGCUGACAAUCGCUGGAAUGACUUUUACAACUUUUGACCUUGGUGGACAUGAACAAGCACGUCGGGUUUGGAAAAAUUAUCUUCCAGCAAUUAAUGGGAUUGUGUUUCUGGUGGACUGUGCAGAUCAUUCUCGUCUCAUGGAGUCCAAAGUUGAGCUUAAUGCUUUAAUGACUGAUGAAACAAUAUCCAAUGUGCCAAUCCUUAUCCUGGGUAACAAAAUUGACAGAGCAGAUGCCAUUAGUGAAGAAAAACUCCGUGAGAUAUUUGGACUUUAUGGACAGACCACAGGAAAGGGGAACGUGACCUUGAAGGAACUGAAUGCCCGCCCUAUGGAAGUGUUCAUGUGCAGUGUGCUCAAGAGGCAAGGCUAUGGCGAAGGUUUCCGUUGGCUCUCCCAGUAUAUUGACUGAUGUUUGGACAGUGAAAAUAAACAAGUUUUACGUCUCUGGACUGAUCCUAUUCACAGCUUCCUCGUGAACUUUUGUAAUAGAACAUGGAAAACUCUCCGGCCUUGUUUGGCGCUGAGAAGCCAGGAGUCUGUCAGAUCUCAUCGCCCAGUGGUGACAUGUGCUCUUCUCCACACUGUUGGGAGGUCAUGCUUCCCCACGUGCUGGUGCAUUCAGCAUCCCGGGACUUGGAAGCUGAAGGAUUUGCUAGGGAAAGCUGUGUGCAUUAUGGGGCAUGAAAAGAAAAACACGUCUCACCACUGUGGUUGAUUUAAAAAGAAAGUGAUUCUAUUUUUUAAAGAAAAUGUUGAUGUAA